GCUCUCUCCUUUGUGCAGCCCUUGUUUAUUUCAUUGUCGACCCCGCCGGCUGAGUGCCGUGGCGAGUUAGUAGCCAAAGAGGGAUCAAAGAGUGCUGGUGGUCAAUAGCCGGUCCGAAGACGCCCGAGCUUGGACCGCAGAUUCGCGAGACUGGAUCGAUCGGCGCCGGCAGUUUUCAGGGAUUGGCUCAUCACGUGAUAACCGUUGCACCGGCUGAUCGUGCAGGAAGAAUACCCAAAUGCAAGCGCUGCAUCAUUGGGCAAGAUGUCUUUGUUCCCAGAAUGGCGUCGUACUCGAGAACCUUGGAAACGCGUUCAAAGAUCACGUGGUGCGAUCGAGGCCUUCCAAGGUUGUUCCUCCCGGACGCGUCGCCGGACCGCGACAUUUCACCCUAUCGAUAACAGCGAUAAACAAUGCGGAGAGCUUCUACACAACUGAGUCCAGCUCCCUCCAUGUAGCCCGCCAUGGCGCCCAACACCACGACCACCGUCCCGGACUACAAGAACAUCCCGCACUCGCACCGCCUGCCCGUCACCCACCGCGAAGUCCAGCGCACCUUCAACAAGCUCUCGCGACAGUCCCUCAUCUCGCUAGCCCACCAAUGGCUCUCCAAAAAGAACCGCGACUUCUGCCGCCCCUACCUUCUCAGCGACCGCGAUGCCGACGAUGAAGACGAGGAGGAGGCGUACACGCCAGCGCAGAGCUUCGAGGAGCUGCAGGAGGUAUACAAGGAGCUGGCAGCACGCAAGGGCGGGAAGCGCGAGAUCCAGGAUCGCAUACUCGAGGGCGACUGGCGGACGGGAAUAUCAAUGUACCAAUUGGCGACGGCAGAGAUCCAAUACUUGCUGGAUCACCCAAAUAGCUUGCGCUGGACGGCCAAGCGGCUCGCGAAGAUACCGAAUGCUAAGAGCGCGGUGCUGGAUAUGGAGGUUACGAACGAUUCGGAGCAUCUGCCGCGAUUUCAAGCGCAGACCUUCAUGUCCAACCUGGCGAGGGAGCUUACGCCGCUGAUGAAGGCGCAUUAUCUGCUCACCAAGAUCAAGACGCUGCCAAUGACGAUACUGCGCGUCUAUAUACAUGAUUCACCGUAUAGUUCGGAAGCUUCACUUGCGGCGACCACAGCAUCUCCAGAUAGCGCUAGAUCGGUUUUCUUCAUCUGGCCGAACGGCUCACCAUUCGUGUACUCGUCUAUCGCAAACCACCUGGGGCAGAUCAUCGGAGAUGAUGGGAAACAUCUCCGCGACAUCGUCCAGCAAGCCAUUCCAAAGGCCUUCUCGCGCCCGUCUGCGCGGUACCAGCUCGCCAGCACAAACUUCACAACGAAGUCCCUCGAGGCGCUUCUUACAUACCGAGGACCAGGCAGGGGUAAUGCCGCUGCGGGUGGAUGGAGCAUAUUCCAGGACCACAGCUUCAGCCAGAAUGCGCUAGACUUCAUCACCACCCAGCGAGAGCGCGGGGAUGCUCAUGAAAAGAGUGGAGCGGACAAGGAAGCAUCGACGGGCGCAAAACCAGGACCAGGACGGCCAAAGCGGACAUUGGACGACACAGAAUCGCCAGAGGCAAAGAGAAGGCGUGAAGUCGCCGAAGGGCGCUUCGGCAGCUCUGCAAAACCAAAUGAUGGCCAAGGGCUCGAGCGGGUCGAAGUCCGCAUCGACGAUCCAUUUCCCGCCAUCCCAAAUACCUCAGCCCAACAAGAGGUAGACACGUCCGAUCUCAACCCCGGGCCGACCAGUCGCAACCGUAAGGGACGACCGUCCGUUUUGGACCGCUCACUAGAAGAGGUAGAAGAACUUCAAAACGAAGAGGCCUGGGUCCCAGAUGUCCGCGUCGUAUUCCGAGGCUCGCACGUAUUCGCUGGUAUUAGACAGCUAGUCGAACAAGGGGUGAUAGACGGGGAGAAAAUGCCGGGUUGGAUGACUGGAGAAGCAGGCGUUACAAUCGGCGCUGUGAAGGAAGGAAGGAUACGCACGAAGAAAGAUCAUAUUCCUGGUGUUUGAGUGGGAUUGGCCAGGGGCGUUGUUGGUAUAUGGAUACCCAUGUGAUAUAGCGGAACGGUUUCGGCGUCUGGAGUUAUAAUGCCUUCUUGAAGUGUUUUAGAACACUUCGGAUCCGCUUUUUUUCUGGAGUGCUUUGUACAAAAUACGUGUGGAAUCGCGUUCAAUGAUAAUGAAUUUCGCAAC